AUGAAUCGUAAUAUUGCUUCUCUUUUACCGUCAUUAUCGUUGUCUGACGUCCAGAAAUUUACAAAAGAUUGGCUUAGUGCAUAUACUUCAUUUUUUGGAAAAUCAUUUCCACCAUCAUUAACGCAUCAACCUUUUCAGUGGGUUAUUCAUUCAUCAUUAUUGCAAAUUUUAGAUUCAUUCGGCUUGUCAAAAACAGUACCCGAAGGUAGUCUUACUUUCAAUGCUUUAUUGUCUGCAUGGCAAAAAUUACAACCUCGUACUGCUACUAUAGAAGUUCUCACAAAACUGAGCAGAAAAUAUCAAUUAGGAGUGCUUUCCAAUGGUGAUAAACAGACAUUACAAUCAGCCCUACGCGUUUUUCCAUCUUCGGUCAAUAUCUCGUUUAUAUUAUCUUCAGAUUAUCCAGUAAAUUGUUUCAAAGCAUGUUCAGCAAUGUAUGCUCAAGCAUUAGCUGCAGUCGAUGGGGAUAUAACAAAAGUUUUACAUGUCGCUGGUUCAGCAUAUGAUACGCAUGGCGCCCUUAUUUUUGGUAUUUUUUCAGGUGCGCUAGAUAAAUCAGCCAUACACACAAAACCAACACCAUGCUUUGCUUUUGAUAAUAUACUACAACUACUUUCGUUCUUUGAUGUUUGA